ACGAAAAUUAAAAUGGCGCGGUGCAAUUUGCGUGCUUCGGGAGUCACUCGCGCAAGUUUAAACUUGCGUGCGCCAGUUUAAACUUGCGCGGGGGACUCAAAUUGCGCUCGAUAGCCCACCGUAGUACUAGCCCACUGUAUUGGCUCUGCAAGGAAUCGCAGCCGUACUGCUUUGAAAUUGAAUAGAAAUGUCUGACGAACAGGAACAGCAAGGGCCAACCACUACUGUGGAAGAACCUUUGGAUCUUGUUCGGCUUAGCCUGGAUGAACGCAUUUAUGUCAAGAUGAGGAAUGACAGAGAACUAAAAGGCCGCUUGAAUGCAUAUGACCAACAUCUUAACAUGAUCCUCGGUGAUGUAGAAGAGACAGUAACAACCAUGGAGAUAGAUGAAGAGACUUAUGAGGAAAUCUAUAAGGUUGAAUCACUUGCAUGUCCCUCCCUCCCUAGAACUCUUUGGGGCCACUCUGCAAACGGAGGUAAACAGAGGUGAGGUGUUUUCUGCAAUGGAAUUCCAAAAAAAAAGGAUUACCCAUUCUGACCACAAAAAGAAAUAUUUCUAUGCUGUUUGUCCGUGGAGAUGGAGUCAUAUUGGUGUCACCACCAUUGCGAUCUGGAACACUGUAGGUGCUGAUGGCUAUGGUUAGUUUACUUCAACUGUCAGUGUUGACAUUGUGUUGACAUUUGUUAUAGCUUUGACAAGUGUUGUAUGUGUGUGUGACCCACAUAAGUUGACAGAUCUACCUGUGCCUUAACCGCUCCAUCAAAGUCCAUCCCUUCAUUUUGGACUAUUUUGGCAGAUAAAACAUGUGUACCAAGUCCAUCAAAAUCCAUCAGCACCAGUGUUUGAUUGCAACGAAUUUGGUCCUGAAGCAUCAUGUGAAGCAGAGUGACUGAUGGAUUUUGACGGACAUGGUCUGUUAGUUUUAGUAAAACUAGAGAGUUGGGGUUUACACAAGUGUCCCUGGCCAAUUUGGUGACAUUCCAGUUGAUCUUACUAUUUAAAGCCAGUUGUUAUUACAGUUUGUUUUAAGGCCGGUUCAUACUUUCAUACAUGAGAAUGCUAUGCGAAGGAGAUGUCAAGAAGCUUUCGCUGCAAAUUUUGCCAGAGGUGAAAUGUGUUCAACUUUUGUGUUCAACUUGCCCUAAUGUCACAAAUUUGUGUUUGUGUUCAUUUCAUGCAAAUUUGAACUGGCCUUUAGAAGUAUUACAUGUACUUGACUGUUAAUUAGGUUUCAUGAGUUUUCCCUUUAAUUGUACGUACCUGAUUAUUUUAUGUCCACAUGAAUUAAGAUUAAAGUUGUAUUUGUGCCAUGUGACCAAUCUCUGUUUUGAGAUUGUGAGGUUCUGAAAAGAACUGGGGAAACACAACAUUUUGGACAGCAUGCUCUGCCCAUUGUCAGGAAACAGACAAUAGGAGAUUUGUUACAUGGUGCUUCUGCAAAUUUACUGUUAUUGCUUACUUCACCAUAUCAACCUUCAAAAUUAUCUACAUGAAUUGUUAAAUUAUGUUCUCAUAAAUGUUUCCAUUAUUAAUGUUGCUUUUAAUCUCAAAUGAAGAAAACUGGGACAUAGAGUUUCAAUUCAAUUUGACGCGUCACAAAAAAUUUCCCAUUAACAAAAUAGAAUGAUCAGCAAUAGGCCUUGGAAAGCUGAAGCGAGUUUGAGUGAGUAUUCACUUUCAUGUUUUAAUGCUGUGUUGGUACGAGUUUUGCAAGGGAAAAAAUACUAACCUAAUUAACCCUAACAUUUGCAGGUUGCAGAUACAUGUCCUUCAAAGUUGCCUGGAGAAAUAUGAAGGAUUGAAGAAGGUAGAGCCUAGCCAUUAUUAUUUUACAUGGGGAUGCCCCUUGAAAUUUGUAGUAGAAAGAAUGUGUAAUUGGGUAACUGCUCGACAGAGGCAGGAAGGAUUAAGGAAGAUUUAUAUCAGAGUUUUAAUUUGUAGAGAGAUUUUAAUUUUUCUUGCUGGAAAUUUUUCAACAAAGUCAGUUUCUUCACUUGACUAUUAGGAAUGGUAAUUAAUUUACCAUAGACUACAUACAUUUCAUGUACUUGCAGUAAUUAAAGUCACCUUUGAAAAAGGAACACAG